AUGGCGUUUAACUUGUCUCGCACCGUAUACACUGAAGCUCUCAAUGAACUUGACGACAAGCGUAUCAAAUGUAUCAAGCCGUUGAUUCCUCCCCAGAUUCUCAUGGAAGAUAUACCUUUGACGUUGAAGGCUGCACAAACUAUUUUGAAUGGACGUGUUGCUGCAGAAAAUGUCAUCAAGGGCAAGGAUGAUCGUUUACUGGUUGUGGUUGGACCUUGCUCAAUCCAUGAUGUGCAAGCAGCCAAGGAAUAUGCUACCCGAUUAGUGGAAUACGCUGAAACCGUCAAGGAUGAUUUGUUGAUUGUCAUGCGCGUCUACUUUGAGAAGCCAAGGACGACUGUGGGUUGGAAAGGAUUGAUCAAUGAUCCAGAAUUGAACAAUAGCUACAAGAUCAACAAAGGACUUCGACUCGCACGCCAAUUGCUGCUGGAUUUGAAUGAAAUGGGUAUUCCUACCGGCUGUGAAUUCUUGGAUACGAUCUCUCCACAAUACACUGGCGAUCUCGUUUCUUGGGGUGCCAUUGGUGCUAGAACCACCGAGUCUCAGGUCCAUCGUGAGCUUGCUUCUGGUCUUUCUUGCCCCGUUGGUUUCAAGAAUGGAACGGAUGGUGGUAUCACUGUAGCCAUGGAUGCGAUUAAAGCUGCAAGCAAUGGGCACCACUUUUUGUCAGUGACCAAGCAAGGGUUAUCAGCAAUUGUACAAACACACGGCAACGAUGCUUGUCAUGUGAUUUUGCGAGGCGGUGCAAGUGGACCCAACUAUGAGAUGGAGGAUGUGAAAAAGGCCGCUCAAGCUCUAGAAAAGAACAAGCUGCCUGCUCGCGUGAUGGUUGAUUGUAGCCAUGGCAACAGCAACAAGAACCAUAAACGACAACCCAUUGUCGCAGAGUGCAUUGCGGCUCAAUUAGGCAAUCCGAAUGAAACGGGCGACAACAUUGUGGGCGUGAUGCUUGAAUCGCACUUAGUGGAAGGACGCCAAGACAUUCCUGGUGAAGGCAUCCAUCGUUUGACUUAUGGUCAAUCCAUCACGGAUGCAUGCAUUUCAUUCGAGGAUACUUUGGAAGUGUUGGAUAAGUUGGCACAAGGUGUACGGGAUAGACGCGUUGCAAGAUUGGCGGCAUAA